AUGUCUGUCUCAGACCCGUUGAUCCAAUGCUAUCGCUGGAUUGCUAGGCCAUUUGCUGAAAUACUCAACAGGAUCCUAGCAAUCUCCUGCGAAGCAGGAGCAACCAGGCUGAUCAGUGCACUUUUCACUCUGUCCAAAGCCGCUCAAGAGGCGUCUGGAGCGACAAUUGAUUUCUAUAACCAGCUGUCCGGCACGUCGAGCGGAUUCCCCUCAUCGUUGUCGGAUUUGUCGUCGAUUCUCGCGUCGUCCGCUACUGAUUUAUCAUUGGCCCACACGGAUGCCGAUUUCACUGCUGCCACCGCUGGUUUGGAUGUGGGAUCAGGCUCGGUAGUCGACCCUACUGGCCUUUCAACUCCAGCCAAUGAUGCUGAUGAGGAUGCUGAGGGCGGUAAGAAGAAGAAAGCUAAACGCCAGCGUGCUCCUGUCGACCCUAAUGCUCCUAAGAAACCUGUGACGGCAUUCUUUUUGUACGUGGCUGCCAACCGUAAACACGUACAAGCGGAUCUCCAAGCAGCCAAGCCUGAGGGCGAGAUUGUAGGAAACCACGAAUUGACUGCUGAGCUCGGUGUCAGAUGGCACGCCCUGAGCGAGGCCGAGAGAGCAUCGUGGAAGAACCAGUAUAAAGAGCUCAUGGACAUUUAUAAUGUAGAGAAGCAGGCUUAUGACAGCAAGAAAGCUUUGACUGGCGAUGUUAAUGGCGUCAACGGAAUUGGCAACCUCGUGGUCCCUGGCAAGGCUACUCCUGUUAAGAAGCAGGCCAACCCUGUUAAGAAGCAGCGAAAAGACGGAUUGCCUGGACCAAAUGUAGUUCCUGGACCUGGGAUUCCUUUGGGAAACGAACUACCAGGCUCGCUAGUCCACCCUCAACACCACCAGGUGCAACACCAGGUGCAACACCCGGGGCAGCACCCGGGGCAGCACCCGGGACCACUCCAUACCCCGGGCCAGUUGCAAUCUCCCCUCUCGGGCGACAAAGCCAAGCGCGACAAGAAGAAGGAGAAGAAGCGCCGCAAGCCUGAGCUGCCCACAGAUGCCCCUCCUACUAUUUAA